AUAAUAUCAAACGCCUGCGGCGCCGCGUAACGCAAACCCCAUUUGCGUUUUCUAUCCGCUUUUCUGUCUACAAGGCAUCAACUCCAUUCUUCAGCACACAAACUACAAAGCCCCAACUGGUUGUGAAGGCCAUACGUCCAAUUAUCCAUCCUCCUCAUCUUUCUAAGCCUCUUCCCUAACCUUUCACUGUUAUCUUAACUCUGUGCUUGAACAAUUGAAAAGGAAACCAAUCUUUUUUGAGCGCAAGUCCUAAAAUCCGAGGAAACAUGUCCAAAAGAGGUGGUGCUGCACUGCAAAAGGAUGUCCCGUGGAGGGCUUCCCCCUCUGGAAAGCCCAUCCCCAAAAUCCACCAUUCUCCUGUUCUCCGCGUGGCCCAUACACCUUACUACAACCACGCCCUCUCCAUCAUGAAGCAUCCGAACCCUAUAGGAAGCGGGUUAGCAACGGAAGCUAUAGUGGAAUCAGCAGGACCGGAUUGCAUUGUACCAGGACAGAUUACACCCAUUAGAUUACUUGGUGUCAAGGUUUGGCCCGUUAGUGUUGACUUCAAGUUUAUGGAACCAGUUGGACGAGAACUUAAGCAGAUUGGCAAGUUCAUGGAUUCAGCUGUCAACCUUAUGAACAAAUCAUUUAUAGAUAAUUAGUGGCACAGAAUUCAGUAGACAGCGGCCAGCGGACCAAGUUGUAUGUUGUUCUUGCAAUAUGCAGAAGACUAGCCAAGCAGCCUAAUGAAUUAUAACAGCGUCUUCUGAAGCAUAAUUUUUAGAUGACAAGGCGGAGAUUUAGGUGGUGAAUGGUUGGUUACAUAAAGAGGUCUUCUCUUUAAAAAAAAUGCAGUCUUUUCUGCUACAAAAACAUUGUAGUAAAAAUUUAUCUGUUGAACAGUCUUGAUGCUGUGUACAAUAAAAUUUUCCAUGUUGAAUAAUGAAAUCUUGAUGCCUUAUAUUUUCUUUGUA